GGUCGCAAGGUGUCGGACAUGCGGCAGUCGGGCGGCUUGUGUGAUCUUGUGUUGUGGUGGUGGUCAGGCCGCGUUUGUGGAGCCGCCGCGGUGGCCUUGUCGGUCCUGACACCAUGAAUCGGCUACAGCGGACAACGACGUGACGAAGUCGUCGAUUCCUCGGCUUUUAAAAGUCCGAGCUGAGGGCUUGCCCGGGCGCGGCGGCGGUAGUGCGGUGCGUGUGUGUGUUUGUUGACCCCCGCAAAAGGAGGAACAUGGCGGCUGGUUCUUCCGAAUUUCGGGACCUCCGGAGGAUCUCCGCUCUCGUCUUCGUCCUCCUGUGCUUCGACUGUGGUGCGCGGUGUGCCGCUGGCGGCGACGCCCCGAAGCCCUCCAUAAAACUGUUUGGGAACAUUGGCAAGUUCGCGAACCGCUCCGGUGUGCACGAGUUUCUCAAGAGUAACUUGUUUCUCGCGUCGCUCGCCAAGGAGUCUUCGGCGUCUUCGCUCGCCGCGGCGGCCGAAAGUGCGACUUCGGAUCGGCAAGAUGCGAUCGCGGACAGCAUAUACCUGCAAGUGGAAGCGCGUUCGCUCGGAUCUCACCUUCGCAAGAUCAGCAACGAGGAGCUAGGAGUCACGGCUAUGCAGGGAAUCUAUGACGAGCUGCCGUUCACCACUGACAACUUUGAUGCGGCCAAGCAGCUUGAUGAGAUCGCUGACAAGCUGCAGAAGAAGCUGCUGUCGUACGUGGUACUUCUCAACCGCAGCUCGGACGUUGUGGAGGAGGUUUACAGGUUUCGACAGCGUUACGCAUUCCCAGCAGUGAACCCGUGCUGCUUGAUGGACCCGAGCGUGUUGAUGAUGGAUAACCACUUUGGCACGGAGAUCACAAACUCGACGACUUGCGACACGGCGCCUCUGUCCCUUCCCAAGGGCGUUUUCAGUCCUGGGCCAAACCUCACUGACGUGUUCCGCAAGAACUUGGAGUCACACCCAUCGAUUAAGUGGCAGUACUUUGUGUCCACCGCCGGCAUCCACACGGAGUACCCUGCCUACAGCACCGUCAGGAAGUGGUCGUGCAGGCACGUCGACGACCUUCGGCAUAGGGACAUCUACCUGGCCACGGUGCAGCCACACACGAAGCAUGUGGUCAUCGUGAUCGACCACGGCAACUCUCUGAGCCCCAAGCAGCUCGUCACAGCCAAGGCAGUCGCCAAGUACGUCCUGUCAACGCUCUCCCACCACGACAGGGUUGGUCUGAUCGGUUUGUCGGGGGAGCCGAGGUUUCCCCAGAGUGACAAGUGCCUGUCCAAGGAGAUGGCCUUCGCCACCUACGAGACCAAGUACCACUUUGGCCGUUUCAUUGACGCCCUCCAGAAAGCCCCCAAUUCCACCAAUCACCGAGUCGGGUUCAGCAAGGCUUUCGAAAUGAUCCAGAAGAGCCUCCGGCCCUCCAAAAACACGUCGAAGCAAGCCGAGGCGCUGAUUGUCUACGUAAGCCGGGGCCUGCUGUCGUCGAUCGCGGAUGCUCGUCCAGUCUUGGAGACGAUCGCGAGUGGACACCGAAGCAGCGGCCAUCGCGUCGUCAUCAACACUUACGCAGUCAUUGACGAUGGCAAGCCCAUUAUGUACGAGACGUCAUUUCUGAAGGACAUUGCUGAACUCAACUUUGUCAAGUACAACGUGCCUGGCGUUCCUUCGCCAGAGCUGAGGGGGGCCAUGGUGACCAUCAACUCAACUGAGAACCUCAGCUUCACAAUGGGCCAGUUCUACUCUGCCCUGAGCUUUCACCGACACCCUACAUCGGUUCACUUCUCUCUGCCCUGGUUUGAUAACGUCAGCAAAGACCUGGUGAUAAGCAUCAGCAAGGCUGUGGUCCACCACGGUGUUCUCUUGGGCGUUGCCGGCGUCGACAUCUCAGUGUCUGACAUGGCUGAAGACAUCGUCUACUUCUCUAAAUCUCAGGAUGCCUAUAGCUUCCUUGUUGAAAAAUCAGGUGUGGCCAUCGUGCACCCAGCAUUGUCCAAGCCAUCAUCAGUGUGUGAGCAGCCAAUGCACACGGACAUCCUACACUUGGAAAACAGGCCCGGGUUUCACGCCGUCCGACAGGACCUUCUAAAUGCUUCCACUGGCGAGAACAAGCUCACGCUUGCAUCUGUAGUGGAGUCACCUGACCGUGCAUCAAACCUGGUCGAAGCCGAGCCGGCUGAAGAACAGCUGUCGGAAGUUGUCUACCGUUGGACUAGGGUGGCUGGUACACCCUACGUUGUUGCCAUCGUGAGCUUGAAGCCAAGCCGACAGCAGCCGGUGCUGAGGGGCACGACAGCAGGCGAUGCACUGGGCGAAUUUUACUACCACAGGCUCGACCUCGUGUCUCCUCCUCAACUGUGCCGACACAUGAAGCAGCUCUCUACACUUGCCGGCAGUACGUUGUUCCUCUCUGCGGCCUGCUUCCUCUCACCCUUUGAGUACCUGUCCCAGGAAGAGACCAAGUCCCGAGUGCAGGGUUACAUGGCCUACCUCAUAGACACCACCAUGCUGAUUGCAAACCCAGGACUCAAGCCGGAUGUGCGAGACGAAGUGUUGGCAAUAGCCCGCAUCACUUCCGAGUGGAAAAGAACCUUCGAGAGCAGCGAGUUCACAAAGCACGUGGUGCGAAGGUAUGCAGCGACCUCGUGCGGUGCGAUGGUGGCCUACCCUGGCACAGUGUUGGAGCGCAGCUACGACCCAACCGAACGGGACUGGUACACUCGUGCACUAGAGCACCCCGGCAAGGUUGUCCUCACAGCCCCUUACCUGGACAUGGGAGGUGCAGGAUACAUUGUCACCUUGAGUCACACCAUCUACCAGGCAAAACCGGAUGCUCUGCACAGCCCUUCGGACGCUGUUGUUGCCGUCAUCGGAAUGGACUUGACGCUCGGCUACUUCUACAAGUUGCUGACGGUCAACAUGGACGUCUGUGAAAUGGACAAAAUAGCCUGCUUCAUCCUCGAUGAUCGUGGCUACCUGAUUGCCCACCCGAGCCUCAUGGAGCCCACCCUGAGAGCUACGGGCUUGGAGCAGCAGCACAUAACACGCAAGGAACCCCUCGUCGUCAGCGAUAUCACCAAUCACAAAGGUUUCGUGAAGAAGAAAGAGUGCAACAACUAUGGGGACUGGACAGUGCAGCGCUUCUACAAACUCAACACCAGUCUCGAGGGCAUCCUCUCCAACUCUGUGCAUGGGGAACACUGUGCCAAGUACCAGAUCACUGCCAUCCCUGGCACCAACGCCUUCCUGGGCAUUGUCAACCACACGUGCGACACGGUCAGGGCUUUCUGCCCUUGCAGCAUGGUUGACAGGCUGUGCCUCAACUGCCAUCGCAUGGAGCAGCGCGACUGCGAGUGCCCGUGCGAGUGUCCACUGCAGAUGAACCUCUGCACUGGCGACCUGGCACACAACGAAGACAGGAGCAGUAACUGCCCACGCUUUGCGAGGCCUCCGCAGCUGCCCAAGUUGGAGAGUUACCACUUCGAGUCGCUGCAGCAGUGCUUCAACAGCGAGUGCAGUUCGAGGAUGAGUGAAAAGGACUGUUCGGGCGUUCUGGGCUGCGAAUGGUGCUCUGUCGACAUGGACGGGGAGACGGCGUUGAAGACGCCCUUCUGUCACGAGCAGCCCAAGUGCUUCGGUGGGGUUCUAGGAGCCAGGACGCCUUACGCAGACGAGAUAAUUGGUGCUCUAGAAGAAGAUUUCCCAUACAUCCGUAGCACUCCACUCGGACCUGUGGCGGGCGGCAUGAUCGGGGCAUUCUGUCUAAUCGCCUUCCUCGUGUACUGCUACAAGAAUCGUGUCACGCGGAGCUCAUCAAGCCAAUACGGUCUCUCCUACCCUGCCGCACCUCUUCAGGGAGGCCAGGUCUUCCACGAUAUUGACGACUCGGACUUCCACACGAGUCCCAGCCCCGUGGGACCUCACAACCUGAGCCUAGCGGGCUGCACAUACGACAACAGAGUCGUGGUGUCGCCGUAUCGAGUCAACACCGCGUACCGGCGUCCGCCCGGCGGCGACAGCGACCAUGGCUACAGCACGAUGACGCCGCACGAAGACUCUGAACACCUGCAGUACUUCGAGCCCCUGCUCACGAGCAAGGAGAAGGGACGCUCACCACCCCCCGCGCCGCCGCAGCCCUCGCUGAGCAGUCGAGCCUCCUCGCCUGCCCAGCAGCAACAGGGGACGCAGUUUCUGGACCCUUCCAUCACGAGGAUUCCCAAGAACCCGGCGUCCAUUGGGAGGCGAAACUCCUUCCAAGCCAGCGUAGAGGUGCACGUCGCCGCUGUGCGAUGAACUCUCACCAUCAUCACCCUUGCACCUUUCCUGUGUGGGCAUGGACAAACUUUUACUGCCAAGGUGGUGUGAUGUAACGACUCUUAGAGGCUAGCGCCGUCGUCUCGGAGGAGGUGACGCUAGCCAGUAUUUGUGGAGUGAUUACGUUCCCGGGACCCUCUACCACGCGCGCACCGUGCCGCAUCUAUGCGGUUGCAGAAGACUCCGCUUUCACUGCCAAGAGGGUGCGUGCGGUCUCAGUGGACGUCGGUGUCAACGUCGUGGGUAGUUAUAGUAUCUCAUGGGUGUUUGUGGUGGGGACCUCCUCGUGCAGGUUUGGUUGUCAUCCAUCAUGAGUGAUUCGUCAUAUCACGCGUUAAUUUCGGGCAGAUUACGAAAAGGGAGGAGACGCGGGCCCUUUUUAAUUAUUUUUGCGUCGUGGUCGUUGCCCUCUUUUUUUCAAGGAGUGUCGCUUGUUUCAUCAAUCCAUCGUGUACACUACUUCACGCCGCACUUCAGCCGUGCUGAGCACACUCGAAGUGCAAAUGAGGCUGCAUUUCUCAUUAUUUAGUACAGUGGGACAGCCAGUCAUUUCAUUCACAAGUUAGCAGCUUCAUCCUUCAACUUACUGCAUGGAACUAAACAUGAAGACCACCAAAAUGUAUGCAAAAAAAGCAACUAGGACACAAGUCGGUGGCUUUCUGGUAAGAAGAAGUCUUUUAUGAGCAGACAGUGCAAGCAAGAAAUCAUCUAUUGAGUACAGUACAUACCGUAAGUGCAGCUGUGUGUUCUGCCGAUUUAUGCAACCACAUUCAGUGAUUUUUUUAAGUGGUGCAAAGAAGGCAUGCUGCACUGAGCAGAAUGUGAACAAUGACCCAGUGUUCCACAAUUCCGCAGUCACUCACCAUUCUGUCGUGACCUGGAGUGCUAAGCAACGCAUAUGUGCAGGGUAGUCCAAGUGUGAAAGGGAACAGGAACACUUUAUUGUUACUUUUAUGAUUACCACAUAUAUGUAAUAUCGGACAUUGCCAGCUCUUGCCCCUGAAGAUUCCUGUCAAUGGGAUCUGCCUUCUUGUAUUUCACAAGGAAGGAAAAUUUGAAGUCUGGAUGCAAACGAAGUGUUCCUUUUCACAUUGGCCCUGCCUCUAAAGUGGAGGAAGACCCGGUUACUAAGCAUCCGUUUUAUUUUUUUACUGUGAUAAGACGUCGACGCCAAGGCAGCUUGCAUGAAGAUACCCACAACGGGUUGCUUGCAGCUAUUGUCCCAGUUUACGUCAAAAGGAAUUUGUUGCAGCAGUAUUCUCAUCACUUCUUGGCAUGGCGGCUAGAGACGGACUGAUGUGCGUGUCAGCUGUGGGAAUGAAUUUGCACACUUAUUGCUAACUCUACCAGAUAUUAAAUUUAUAUCAGAUUACGGGGUUUUUCGAAGUUCUCAGGUGAAACGGUACAAAGUGGCACGCAGGAAACACGAAACCGAUAACCAAUACUUUCCCUCCUUCUGCCAAAAUUCUUGUACUCGACCGGGUGCUUUUAUAUGCGCUACAUCACGAUGUUUCGUUUGCGUUAAAGUGUGCAGCUUGCCUAUUGGGACGGCUAGUUGGGCCCAGAUAACCUUUUUAAGAAGGCAAAACCCGUGAUUCAGUUGAAAUAUUAGCCUAUUUGCUGGCUAAAUUGGCCCCUAUUGAGCACCGACACAAAAGGCAGACAAGCAAAUGGCACACGUGUCUGGGCUGUCACCGUUGGACUGUCCUACUGCUACACAGCCUUGUGCACUUGUAUGGCAAACAAAGCACACCCCUUGUGAUGUCGUCUUGACAGCUUGGGCCUUUGCCAAGGUUUCCGAGCGUCGCUGACGACAUCGACGACAUUACAUCUCUGCCUGUUGGUAAAAGAAGCAAGCUUCUAAGGUGCUUCCCCAGUCGUUUUAAGGUUGUUGGGUGACCAGGUUUGUUUCCAUGAAUUUUGUUGCUGGUUUAGGUUUUCAAGGGCACAGGGACUGGUGCGAAUUAGCGGAAAGCGGGUCCUCGCAUGUAAAGUUUCCAUGGCACUAUAUUUUGAAUGCGCCCUUACGGCAGCAUCUGUUGUGUUCGCCCUGUGCCAAAAAACUGGCGUGCAGCAGGCUCCACAUUCGAAGCUGAACGCUUGGAAAGAUACUAAGGUUUUCUGUCUGUUUGCACUGUACCGUUCUAGUGCUAUCCAGAUUACAAAUAUCAUAGCGCUAAUCACGUUACAUCGCAACUUCAUAUGGGUUUCGGGAUGUUCUAUCGUCACUUCAACACUGUAAUGGAAUCGAUCACCAACAAAAUUUCUUUAAUGACGAGAAAGCCAUCACACGGUCUGCCCUUUGAAACUUCCACGUGGAUCCAUCAUGCGAAACAGGCAGCCCCUUCGAGAUUAUCUAGGAGAAAAUAAUACUUUAUGACCCUUGGUUUGUUGUCAAGCUUAGCAAGACUUCCUGCGUACGUGUUUUUAAGUCUUGGCAGUGCUCUUAUUGUGCAUUGGAGCGCAGCUUGAGAGAUGCAAGACUCGUGAGCCCACGGUCAGACCCCACCAUUUCUCUUACUGUCGACUCGGCUUAUUUUUUACACCUGUAUAUAGCAUGCUGUACAUAUUGAAAUGAUAUGCAAGACGGUGUUUCCUCGUGUUUUGUCUGACCCUCUUGUCAUUUGUGCAUUGUAUAUACGAGUCUACUCAGGUUGACAGUGUCUGAAUGCGUUGUCUGUUGUGCCAACAUGAUUGCCCGUUUUUACCCGUUAUAGCUACAUUUUUUAAGUUAUUUUUCAGAGUGCUAGCUGUUACUGGGAUGUUGGUGCUCCCCAGAAUGGCCAGCUCUAUUGCUGGCAUCUUUUUUGUUUCUUGGACUUGUCCAGAAAGCGGAAUGCAUCAAGUGUUCUUUUCUUUUUCUUUAUAAGCCGUCAAGCAGAAUGAAAAGUCAGUGUGCGUGUGAGUAAAUUAUUGUAUGAAGACUGUAAUCAAGGCCCAUGGUUUGCACACUUCCUUCCCUUUGCAAGCCUGUCGCGCAAAAGUAUGUGUGUUCUAUGCAAUGCAAACAACUUGUGUCGAUAUUGUAAACUUCUUUCAGCACACCUCUGAUGACUAUGCACAGACGUUUCUUUGUUACGCAUCGUUAGCAGGCUUCGAUUUCAGCAUGCGCAGUUUUUGACGUGUGCCUUUUUUGCUCGAAACAACACGAAGGUCGUUUUUGAGGGAAACUCGUAGACUCGUUAGGCUACUCAUUAAGUUUGCCCCUGCCCAAAGCAUCUCGACCAUCCCGCAGGUACUAUUGACGCUUUGUAUUUCAAGUUGGAGUGAACUUGUUAGUCAAACGCAUUUCAGUGAUGCAAACCGAAAGGCACAUGAUUUUGUUCAGCAUAGCAUAGUAGUGUCUUUUGCUAUUGAAGUCUGGCAGAAUAAAGAACAAUCUAUGAACAAA